UGUGCAGUUGACUGUGCAGUACCUCAAUUUAUGAUUGCUUAUAUUUAAGCAAGAAAGCAGAGUUGAUGUAAAAUUACAUCUGCUGACCACAUACAUACAUAUCGUAACGGCGCACCUAUAAUUGUUAUUUCGAUCGCGUCUACUACACACACGAAAUACUAGGAAACAUGAUGUGUUUCUACUCAUUGGUUUUAUUGAUUACACUGACUACCAGCGCCCAAAAUAUUUGUCUAGUGCAAUCGUCUCAAGUUGUCAACAGAGUUGAUGAUGCUUCUUCACAAGUGGUGCAAAACACUCACAACAGUGCAUCUAACCAAAAGCAACAUCAGAUAUACCAACAAGAACCUCACACUAAUGAGGAAUCGGUUGGUGUUAGCUUGCACGCCCAUUCACAAGCUACCCCGCAGAGUCUUAAGUUGCAUGUGGCAUCAGACCAUCCGACACAUUCUCAACAUUCAGCAACAAUUCAGGACGCAGCGGUUUCACAUCCGGCUCAUAUAACGACUCCGCAUGCUGGCAGUGGCGGCCAAUCUCCGAAUGUUGAUGCGCAGCCUAGGAGCUCCUACAAUCUACUAAGUGAAGCUAUGUCUCAUGCAGUUAGUAAUGAGUUCAAUUCUAUGGGUGUUGGAUCGGCUGACGGUGCUUGUCAUGCAGAAGAUCUUGACUGUUAUACCGGUAAUGUGCAGGAUCGUCUUGGCAUGGAAGCGAUUGCUACCUUACAUCGUCAAUUAGAUGACGACGAUAAUGGAAACAUUGACUUAAGUGAAUCUGAUGAUUUUCUCCGUGAAGAGUUAAAAUAUGAUUCGGGUUACGAAAAACGUCAAAAGGCUUUUCAUUUCAACGAUGAUAUGCACAUCUCGGUCAAGGAACUGUGGGAAGCUUGGUUGCGGUCGGAAGUUCAUAAUUGGACAAUUGAACAAACUACCGACUGGUUAGCACAGUCUGUUCAACUUCCACAAUAUGUAGACCUUUUCAAGCAGCACAAAGUAGCUGGUGCAGCUUUACCAAGAUUGGCCGUAAAUAAUCUGCAUUAUGUAAGCAAUGUGCUCGGCAUUAAGGACCCCAUCCACAAGCAAAAAAUUUCGCUGAAAGCCAUGGAUGUUGUUUUGUUUGGACCACCACGCGAAACUGGAACACGGUGGAAGGACUAUAUAUUGGUUACGUUACUGCUGAGCGCAAUAAUUGGAUGCUGGUAUGCUUACCAGCAAAACAAAAAUGCCAAACGGCACCUGCGGCGCAUGGCUCAAGACAUGGAAGGGCUUCAGCGGGCUGAGCAAAGUCUGCAGGAGAUGCAAAAGGAACUGGAACGUGCGCGUAUGGAGCAAGAAAACGUAGCAACGGAAAAAAUGGAUCUUGAACGUCGUUUAAAGGAAGCUCCAUCAGUAAACACGCCGAGCGCUGAUUUGGAGGUACAGCAGCUCAAGAAAGAAAUUGAGAUAUUGCGUAACGAGCUUUCGCGUGCCGAGUUUGAGCUGGUGGACAAUUGCUGGGCACCACCACCGCAGUUACAGUCAUGGCUUCAAUACACUUAUGAGUUGGAAAGUAAAAACCAUCAGAAAAAACGUGUCUCUGCCGAAAAGCAGCUGCAAUCAGCACGUGAAGCGUGUGAAAAAUUACGUAAAAAACGUUCUAGCUUAGUUGGUGCUUUCGUGUCGACACAUGGGAAGAGCAUUGACGACGUGGACCGCUCCAUAGUCGAAGCCCGAAAUGCUUUGGGAGAAGUAACCAAUGAACUGCAGGAACGUCUUCACCGCUGGAAACAAAUCGAAUCCUGUCUCGGGCUUAAUAUUGUCAACAACAACGGACUGCCAUAUUUGGAAAGCAUAUUAUAUGGUCGCAAUGGCGGAACUGGUGGGAGUGUAGGUAGUGCCAGUUCAACCAAAGGGUCAAGAGCGCGGAUGACGAGUAGCACAGAUGAUUUGGAUGAUGAAUCCGUGCAAGUCUUUCGGAGGAACCAAAAUCUCUUGCUGCCAAGAAUGACGAAUUCGGAUAAAAAACAUUUCAGUUUUGUCGCCUUAGGCUACAACACUUUUACAAUUUUCAUUAGUGACUUACUUAUGUCAAGAGUGUGUUUUUAUAAUUGUGUAUACCACGUACAUAUAUAACUAAAAGGGCAUAUCACAUGUUAAUUUAUUAAAUUCAAUAUUUUUUUUAUAAAUCGAAAAAAAAAUUAAUGGAAUUUAGAGCGUGUUACGAAUGAUUUGUUUGAGAAGUCCGUUGGCUACCCAAGAUCGAAUGCUCUGCAAGCUGUUCCUGUUUGAAUGAUGCGAGAAAUAAGAAAAUUGUGUAAAUCCGGUCCAGAGUAUUGUAACAAAACGAAAUAUUUUAUGAACGCUUUCCUUUGGCCGGCUUAAAUUGAAGAUAAGUAACACGUGUAGUUAUUAUUCCACUUAUUUUUAAAAUUCUAUAACGUACAGGAGAAAAAGAAACGUCCUUUAAGUAUAUAUGAAAAAAUUAAAUAGAAACAACAUAUACACUUUAUUGAAUAACUGCUACGCUUCAUUUCAACGAUCCGUUUUUCGCUGAGACAAAUUUUUAGAAAUUGUAUUUAGUAAAUGUGUUUUUUACAGAUGAAUAAUCAAUAGUCUUAGCAGUAAGUCAGAAUAAUAGCGUUCAAAAAUAAUGGAGAUACAAACGUGGAGCAGCAACAUAAGCAGAGCAUUCCCAAAAAAUACAAAGAUUCCUACUAUAAUUUAAAUCUUUAAAGUUACAAUAUUAGCCAGUUCGAACAAAAAAACGAAUGCACAAAACAACAGUUGCAAUUGCAUUUCACAAAUUUAUAUCUGUUACAUGUUGAUAAAAGGGGGGAAUCAGCAAUGCCAUUUUCGUUUGGAAACAAAAACAUAAACUGAUCACAACACACACACUUUUAGAAAUUGAGAAAAGAUUAUCACAUUUAUAGUUCUUGUAUGUGCAUUGAUCCAAGGCAAUUAGUGCAGUUCAUUAUUUGGAAAACAGUGGGGGAAAUAGUUGUUCCUAUAUUUCUUUGCCUUUACAAUACAAUAUGAAAUAUUAGUUUAUUGGGUCGAAAGUUAUAGAGUUUUAAAUCUGUUACGUAUUCGGCGGUAAAAAGAAAACGGAUCGUAGAAUUGGGCUUAAGUGUAUCCAUGUAUUAGAGAGUGUAAUUAUGUAAGUCCACACAAAACACUAAUAAAGUUUUUUGUGCAGUAUCUAAGACAACCGGAACGGAUUAAAUUAUUAUAUUUUUUUAAAUAAUUAAGUUAAAAGUAAACGAAACUCAAAUAAAGUAACUUUAUAACA